AUGCCUGAAACAAUUAUUGAAAGUGUCCUUAGCGGAAAAAUUGAUAUAGCAUUAUUUAUAAAAUGGCUCGGAAAUGAACCAGUUGAGGAUAGUAAUGAAGAUUGUGUGUUAUUAUGUUGCAAUAGAAGCGAGUUUGUUGUCCAAUUCUUGUCUUACUUGAGGAAUCAAACGGAUAAUAUUCUACAAACUAACACAAAUGCACAUCAAGUGUUGCAAUACCAAAAUACACCAGAAAAAAUAAUCAAUUCACGUCGCAACCAUCACAGAUCUAUUAGUGACCCUACUAGCGAUGAUAGAACUAUGGAUAAUCUUUCUGUCAAAACAGAUCGUCAGAGAAGUCACGAAUCAUCUCCAAGUAAAGACCGGAAACGUGCUGGUAGGAAAGUAAAGACCAAAUUAUUUACUGAUGACAAGAAAGAUCAAUCAGUGUCAUCUGAUGAAUCCAGAUUGAGUUGUGGUCUUGAAAGAAUAGUCAUCUCAAGUACCCCACUGAAGAAUGGUGUUAAAGAUCAUCCUAAUCUUCCAUUGGCAAGUCCUGUAACUCCACGAAGUUUUAGAGAAUAUGAACGAUGUGAUACACCUAGACUAAGUCAUCGACAUUCAAGAUCUCAUGAGAAAAAUUGUCUUGGUGACUACUUGGUUACAGCACAAAAGAGUACAAAGAAAAAGAAAGUUGUCAAAAACAUAUCCAAUGAUGAUACAACAGACAGCAGUAUUGUAUUAGAUUUGAGUAACUCAGAGAUGUUCCCUGAAAUAGGUGUUAGGAAAUCUAGUUCAUUACGAUCAGAAAGAAGAAGAAUCAAACCCACUAAUAUAGACAAGCCUGUUGCACAGAAAAGCUAUUCACUAAACAGUUUUACAUCAGAGUGUUUCCAACAGCCUUCUCCAUUGGCAUUAGAAGACAAUGUGGCAUUUAAACAACAGAGUUUGCAACCAAAAGAAUCUGCAAAUACUUUUGAAGUGGAACGUAACAUGUUAAAACAGGAGAGACACAAGCUUAUGGAGAAAUUUAAUAUCCUAAAUACUUCUACGUCCUGUACAGCUAUUGUUACUCCACAAAUCAAGGUCUCCCACAAGGAUUCUUUUGAGAAAAACAUAAAUUAUAUUAAGUCAGACUGCACCAAGAUUGUAUUUAAAGACAAAAUCGACAUACUGAUAGAAAUAUACAAUGCAUUGUUGAAAAAUAAUUUGAUACUAAGUGUUAUAACUGAAAUAUAUUUUUUAAUAUCCAUUCUGCUUUCUAAACAAAUUGAAGAUGACUAUGUCACUGCUGAAACCAAUUUGAGCAACAACAAUUUAGAUUUCAUUUUGAAAUCUAUACACAAUUGCACUUAUUUUGCUGUGAAGUCGCUAUGGGCCCAGAGAGUUGUAUUGGAAGUUAUUUUAGAUAAGAAUUCAUUGAAAAUACUAGGUGAAAAUAAAAAGGUACGCUCCUUUUACCCCGACUUAGCAAAAUUUCUAUUGAAUUCAUAUGGUCUGAAGUGUGAAGCAGAGAAUAAUCAAGAGAGGAAAAACCCGACUGAAAGUAGAUCUUCCAAUGGAGUCAUUUGUUUUAACCUUGAAACUGACAACAUUGACAAUUUUCCAACAGUCGCAAGCUUCCAAAAUUUUAAAAAACAAAGGGAUAUGUUUUACCAAAUUCUUGGAUGGUAUCAAGAAACCCAGACGUCAGGCGGCUCCAGGACUACUUUCCGAGCGAGGAUCAAAACCUUACUGACUUGUGGGCAGUCUCCAGCAAACUAUGCACAUCUCGCCACGUUGUUCACAGCUCAUAUGUUAUCUGAGUGUCUGCCGCAAAAUACUCAGGAAUCGAAGAUGAGCAAGUUGCAACGUCGCCUUACUUGUCCCACUGCACCUGAGUCCCACCGGUUGCCGUACUUCUCAGUUAAGGAACUAUUUUAUAAGGAGUUUAUAAUGUACACCGAGAAUGAAUCAUUCCGUGUGCACCUUCGGGAUGCAUUUGCCUCGGAGAUUAUAAUACUGGAUUCAACUCCCAUUGCAAUAGACGACAGGACUAACGCGAGCGGUUCAGACAUAUCCCGCGAGUACCUGCAGGUGUCGAGGAAGCUAAAUCUCCUGGCAAAGUUCUUGGGCUUCGUAUUGGCGCUACCGUAUACGCAAGUGCCUCUGGAUAGCUCUAAGUCGGUAGGGGCAGUUCGCCCUCCCCAACAACCCUCGCACGCUCCGCCCAAGGAGAGAGUACUUGAAAACAACCUGGCUUUGAGGAAUUACAGCCAACCUAGUUUAGACCUCAAAGGUCUGUUAAUCAAUUCCUACAAAAACUCCCGGAUCUCCAUAACUAUUCCUUGGUUGGUACACUAUCUAUCGCAACUGGAUUACACGACGCUACGAUUAAAAUAUUACCAAGAACUAUUAAAAAUUAUAUUCAACAUAUACACCGACAAACUGAAACUGUCCACAGACAAUGGUAUGAAGAAAAAUACGAUUAUAUAUUUAAAAUCGAUACUUGGCUGGCUGUUCGAUUUACCACACUUCCCAAUGGAACUGUUUUACGAGAAGACAAUACAAAUUACCGUUAUGUGCGAAGUAAACAUUGACUGUUAUGAUGUAAUCGAUGAGUCUAUGCUCUUCGAGUUGUGUCCGUUCUUGAAGGAUGUUAAUGUAUUACUGUCGACGUGUAGGGUGUCUCACGAUCAGAAAGAAGUGGGCAGUUUCCGCCAUAUAACGCCAGUCAGUCUCAGUUUCAAUACAGAAGAUAGAAUCAGGAACAAAGAAAAGGAAUUACAGAGUCGCCUGGAGGAGGAGUUCCUGAGGAGUCAGCCGUCGUCGUGGCGGCGCGUGCUGGAGCUGGUGGUGGAGCGCGUGACGGCGGGCUGCGUGCGCGAGCUGGCCGCGCGUCCGCUGGCCGCCGCCCGCGCCCGGGCCCGGGCCCGCGCGCGCGCGCACGUCGCCGCACACGCGCGCGCAGACACGACUGCUCUCCUGGAGUCCCUGCAAGGAUUAUACUUGGAGCAACUACAACAAGUGCGUACUUCCGCGCUAGAGACGGCAGCUACAUGGAUUCGAACUCGGAGCGCACACGCAUUAGCCGCUCUAUUGCCCGCUGCCCCACCUGCUCUGCACGCGCUCGCCGUCAAAGGCUGCCUAGGAAGGCUACGCAAAUGGAUUGAUGACAACUGGACCACUACGGCGAUCCUGUGCAAGGAUAUCGAGGCGGAGAUGAAGGCUCUGGUGUCGUUGGGCGAGUGUGCGAGCUGGGCGGGUGCGCCCCCCGUGACCCCGGCGACCCCGGCGACCCCGGCCAGCCCGGCGACCCCGGCCAGCCCGCCCACCACCGACCUGCGGGCCCUCACCGCGCCCGCGCCCGUGUUCCACGCCGCCAACGUCAGCCCCGCCCCCCUCAUCAUACACCUCAAGGAACAAAUCUGUCUUCUACUAGAGGACGAGGAGCCCAGCGAUGAAGAGUUAACGCCACUUCUAGCGAACUGCGCGACGAGCUGUUCGCCCAGCAAUUUGUUCGGCCGAUUGCACACGCAGCGCGCCAUUUUGCAGCUCAGCGUUGAUCUAUGUAUCGUGCUCGUGACCAAAAGGCCGGAUAAAGUAACGGAGGCAUUCCUACUUAAAGUCAAUGCCAUCUGGAACACAUGUUGUCCCGAUAGAAAGAAGAAUCAAUCGGAAGAGACUUCUUUACCUGAUCGAAGACCAGACCUUUCUCCGGACUUCCGCAACUUUGAAGAUGACCGCGCACCAACGCCGGUUUCAGAUGAUGAUGUUAAAGUUACAACUCCCAUCAUAAUCAGUCCCGGUGUGAUAGAGCUAGCAAACAGUCAGAAAGAAGAAGUGAAUUGUGUAGAGGACAAUAAAGAAGAAUUUUUAGAGUUUUUCGAGCGAGUGCUCUGUCCACGUAAUAUAGUAAUGUUGAGUCAUUCGAAGUCUCCAGGACCAGCAUGGAGCGCGAUGGCAACAUUUCUUGUAUUUCUGCUGCAUCAUCAUUACCUAAGCGAGGACUCCCUCACAGAACAGUGCCUGGCGGUAUACAGGCAAGAUUGGCCACAGAACGUCUUGGAGAGUCUGUCUACCUGCAUGAAGUCAGUAUCGUCGCAAUGGUCCCGAUCGUCCACGGGUAAAUUCAAUUUAUUCCUUGACUUCUUAGCGGAGUACUGUGGUGACAUGGAAUAUGAGCCAAUGGAGUAAACAAAGUUUCUAGCUACAGCUUCCCACCGAGUAUUUGUAGUCUAUUCAUCUAACAUUUGUAUUGUACUUCUAAAUUCUUCCAAUUCUAAAAUCCUGCCAAAGACGCGUAGUCAUUUUGGAGAAUUUAUAAUAGAUGGCGUCAUUGUUACGGUGUUUAAACAAGCGCCUAUAGUGAUAAAUAUUUACCAGCAGAUAUAUACUCUAGAGUCUAAUCUCAAUAUUGAUUUCAAAUAAAUUUAUUUUAAUGUGUUUUUUUAAACUUAAUCUACUAAACUAACUGAAUAAAUCUAUAAUGUUAGUAUAGAAUUAUUAUAUUGCUAGUAAAAAAAUUUGGAAUUAUUAUAGUCAAGAGUAUAGAAAAGUACCGUACAAUCCAAUGUUAAUUCAUUGGAAUUUGUUUUCAUACUAGACGGAUGUUUGAGUAGACUGAUGAUUUAUAUCAAUAUUAGGACUUGCGCUUUUAUAAUAAGCAUGACAGUUGAUUUUCAAAAUAAUUUUGUAUUAUGGUUAUGAAUCUAAUUGCCUCAAGUAAUCUUAUUUCUUGAAGCAUUCCUGAAAGUUUAGUAAUGAAUGAGUCUAGUUAUUUAUAUAAAGAUGUCUUUAUAAGAAUUAGAAUAUUGUUAACAAAUAUCCUGUAAAUUGUCCUAUUGAGCAUGUAGCUACAUACAUAUAUUCUAAUAUAUGCGUCUUAUUGCUCGUUUAUAGAAAAUCUCUACCAAAGAGAUACUAUAGACAUACUGUUAGAUACUGUAAAUUGCGAAUAGUUUACAAUUACAUUAUCAUUAUAUAUUCAAUGACCAGUCCACAUAUUAUUAUAUACUUUAAUUCAAAUAAAUAUAAUUAUUUAUAACUGCUUUACUGGAUGAGAGUCGGAAGCAUUGUCAAACAAAGUCGUGAGUGCUGAACACAACAGUUGAUUUACCCAAAUUUUGUUGGAUAUAUUUGAAUCAAAAGAGAUAACAGUAAUAUAUGUUGUUAUUUUUAAAAAUAUUAUUUGUUAUUCAUAUUUCAAUCACUGAUCACAGUCAGUCAUCAAUAUUAAAAAAUCUUUAUUAAGAUAACACAAUUUUUACUAAAUUUUAUACAGUUGUUUAGUUCAGUACAGUUGUGGUAAGCCUUCUUUUAAGCAUAAAAAUGCCUGUGGGUUUGUCCAAAUAUAAAUAUAAUAUAUAUUGAAAUCCAAUAUAUAAUAGUUUGUCAAUCAAGGUUGGUUAAUUAAUGAAUAGUAGUUUAUUUAUUAGUUUUGAUUAAGUUUGUGCUGUGUUGAUGAUCCAUUUGAUAGUAGAGUAUUUUAUAUAAGUAACCUUUGUGUCUUACCACAUUGAUUUAUUUGUGGAUAUAUACAUGUAAGCUACUUUUAUAUUUUAUUAUAUAUAUUACAGAUGUUGCCUUAAAAAAUAAAUUAGUAAAUGAGUAAUCAGUUGAAAUUU